UCACUUCAAGAAACAACGAUAACCACAUUUUUCGAGAAUAGUAAAUCAGAAAAAAAAUUUAAUAAUCAAAACCAGGGUUUUCUCAAUCUAUAGGUUUGUGAAAUCUACAUAUGCGAAAACGGUUUCACCCUUAGAUAGGUUAAUUUCUUGAAAAUUUAAUCCCAAUAUCUCACAGUUCUAAAUUAGAGAAAAAGAGAUUUAGGGUUUCGAAUCGAUCUCCAAUUCGCCGCCGAUCAAGAAUUUUCUGAUCGGUGAUAAUAUUUUCGCUCUUAACUAUUAAUCGAAAUUGCAAGAAUUCGUUAGACGCACUUAGGGUUUGGUUACGAUGAACGAUCAAUCGAAGAUGAUGAUGAAUUUGAACCAGAUGAACCAGCCUCAGAUGAUGAAUCAAGUUCCGAUGAUGAAUCAGCCUCAGGUAAUUAACCAGUCUCAGACUCAGUUACUUUCUCACACACACAAUCAAGGAAUGAAUCAACAACCUCAACCGCAGAUGAAGACAUCUCAGAUUAUGAUGAAUCAGAAUCAGCCUCAGAUGAUGAAUCGUGGUUAUAAUAAGGUUUGGUCUCAACAGCUUCCUCUGGACCCUAACAUGAAGUUUCAGAACCCUAAUAUGAAACCUAAUUUCCCUCCUUCGAAACCUGGACGAAGUAAUAAUAACUGGAAGGGAAAGAAGGUUAGUGAUAAGCGCAAAGAUAUUAGGAGAAUGGAAAAACCUAACCAAAGCAUUUCCAUCGGUAUUCCGAACAGCAGUGUCGGUUACCAACCACCAACUCUUCAUGAGUUGCAAUCUCAGAAUCGUUUGAAAGCACGUAAGUUUUAUCCUAAGAAGAAGUUUAAUCCUAGAUUUGCGCCUUAUGCGCCCAGGAAUACGACUUCCUUUAUUAUUCGUGCUAAGAAGUCCGGUGGUAUUGCAUCGCUUGUGUCGCCUUGUCCUGUUACCCCGGCUGUGCUUCCUACCCCUAUAUUGUCUCCUUCGAGGGAGAUGUUGGGGGAUAUGGCGAAGGAAGAGUGGGGUGUUGAUGGAUAUGGGUCAAUGAAGGGUUUGAUUAGGCUUCGAGAUGUUCAUGAUGAUGAAGAUGAAGAGGAUGGUGGUGGUGGGUCUAGUGAGAGUGAUGUAGAGGAACAUGUGGAGGUAGAAAGGAGGCUCGACCAUGAUUUGAGCCGGUUUGAGAUGAUAUAUCCGAAUUAUGGAGGUGGUGAGUAUAACAAUGUGUUGGAGAAUAGGGUAGAUGAUCAGGAUUCCCAUAUAGCACAAUUGGAGGAAGAGAAUUUGACAUUGAGGGAGCGCCUUUUCCUAAUGGAGAGGGAGUUGGGUGAUCUACGGAGGAGGUUACUGUUUCUUGAGAGGCAGAACCAGGUUGUGGAAGACGUCAAUGAGGAAGUGGUGGAGAAUGGGUCUGAUAAUGAAAGCGAUGGGGGAUCAGAUUUACCUGUUAUGGGAAUUGAGAAUAAUGUUGAGAUAGUUGAUUCCAUGCUGGAAAGUGAGAGAAAUGGAGACAUUGAUGCCAGUGCUACUGCUAAGUUAGACAAUGAUGGAGUAUCCGAAGCUGAAGAUGAUGCUUUUAUGGAAGAGUCUGUUCCGAAUGUGGUGGUUGUGAAUCAGGAUGAGAUCAAAGGUAAUGAAAUGGGGGGUGGCUUUGUGUUUAACAAUGAAGUGAAGGAAGAGAACAAUGAGCAGAAGGGUGAAUUAGCAACACAACUGUGUUUGCCAGACGAGGUUUUUGCCAAAGAAAAUGAUGCCGUGGAUACAAAAGAAAGUGGUGAGAAUGAAAUGAUUGAUAGAAAUGAUGAAUCAAAAACCCAUGUAGCAACACAUGAAAGUACAGAUGGCUUAUUGAUUGAGAAGGAUGAAUGUCAGAGUCAGAUAGUUGGAACAAGCUCAGAGACUGUUGGAGAUGAUGAUUUGUCUGUCCCACAUUAGCUGAAGCCAUUCCUCGAGUAGGCUUUGAGGGGAAGGCUAGUGAGCAAAUUCUACUACUUUGUAAUGGAUAUGGUAUUUGCAGCCUCGUAGAUUACUAGUUUACUUUUAUUUUGUCUCUUUUUUCUAUUUGUAUGGUUGGUAAAAUGAAAGAUUAGGUAAGGGUUGCUUUCUCAGUCGCAUCUCUUGGUUUUUGAGAGAGGACCAUAAGGGCCAAGAGCUGAGUUUCCUUCCUUUGUCUUUCUUUUCUUUUCCUUCAGGGGCGGGGCAGGGUUUGGUUGGGUAGGUCUGUAGAAAAAUAGUAGGAAAAGGGCCGUAAGUUUGCAGGUUCGUUUAUGUACAAGGGAUUAAAGUGUAUGUCAAAAUAUUCUACACAGUAGCAUGUAAAGAACCUGUGAAUUUGUAAGGAGAACUAAUGAUUACCAUGUACUUUUUCUACUUUUAGUUAAUUUCAUGAAAUUGGUUUUUUCUUUUUCA